AUGGCGGACCCCGAACCGGAGAGCGAGACAGCUCUCCUGGAACACUCAGAAUGGAUAGAGUUCCACUACAUUGGGAUAUAUGUGACGUCAUUCUUGGUGCUCGUGGGCACAGUUGGUGCCGUGGGUAACAUCCACGUUCUGCUGGUCUAUUUUAAGUGGAUGAGACACACGACGUACAGAGUGUUUGUGAUGACGUUGAGUUUAACUGACUUGCUCGGAUCUACGCUAAGUAUCGCGUUUAUAAUACUUGAAUUAAGACACCCGUUACUGUUUACUUCCUCCGAGCUCUGUAAGGUAUCAAGGAUGGUCAUUUACUUCGUCGCCACUUUCUCUCUCUGUCUGCUCGACAUUAUCUCCCUGGAGAGACUCUGGCUAAUCUGUCGUCCCCUUGGAUACCGCACGGGGACCACCGCCGCCAUCUUUAUAUGUUUGGUGUGUGCAGCAUGUACUUUCUGUCUUGUUUCUAUUCCAGCAGCCUUGAUUUACGGGUCUGACCAGCGUCCGACUUCCUUUCCCACACUGGUAGGGUGCGAGUGCACUGUGACAGGAUACCUCCGAAGGCCGAUACUAGGGGUUGUCUACCAGACAGCAUUGGCAGUACUCUUUACCUUUCUGCUGUUCAUAUGUAUUACCACCUAUGGUUACAUAUACUGGAAACUAAAACGUGUCAUGUUGAAUGAUUCGACCCUUCGUGUCCAUAGUCUUCAUCAUUAUAAUCGUCACUACCACGGGGGUGACCGGGCAGCAACAAACACGACACGAUCGAACCGGAGCGAGAGCAUCGUGGAACUCACGAUCGUGUCGGAGACCUCGGAAACCUCGGAACACUCCGAAAUCUCAACCACACCAACAGAGUGUGCCAAAGAGAUCUAUGACAGAACAACACUAGACGAGAAAUAUUUGGAAAUAAGUCCAGAUUUAGGAGCAGAAAAAGAGAGUGACGCUAGUUUUCAUAACGUUAAAAACAAGCUACAGACAAAUAAAUUGAGUGUGCGCAACCAGUGGAAGUACGAGGAUGGUCCAGUAUAG